AUGAAUAAUCAACUAUCAAAAAAUACUAUAAAUUUAAUACUGGAAUCAUUAAAAUUAUACAAUUCAAUAGAUAUAGCUGAGAUAAUAAUUUUUACUAAAAAUUUACAAUAUGUGGGUACUUAUGAUUCAAAGGAGUCAACAAAAUAUCCUCAAGAAAUAGAUCAGGAUGAAAGUAGCAUUAAAGAACUAAAAGAUUCAAUUGAAUCAAUUGGAAUUAAUGAAAAGAAAAUAGUAAAUUUUAAAUUAAAUGGAAUUGGAAAUGAUGUGGUUGAAGAAUAUAUUUGUCAUGUUAUGGAUAAAUUUAUUAUGAUAUAUAAAUUGGAGGAUAAAAGUUCAACAAAACACGGUUGA